GUUGCAUCCUUGUACCUACCUAAAAAAUCUUUAAUAAGAAUGGGUAGCAAGAUUUGGAAGGACUAUGUACAUCGACAUCUUCGGGAGCUAGAGGCAUCUUCUGCCGAUAAUGAAAAUGAUUCGCCGUUCGUAGAUAGUGCUCAAAAACCAAACACCGGGGUGUCUGAACCGCUGUCUUGGUGUAGAAGUCUUGAACGUUCUAUAGCUUAUACAUUUGAGUCGUAUUGCAAAAUAGUGGUUACAACUGCAAUUAAGCGUGCCCAUGCAAAGGAUACAUCAGAUUUGGAUGCUUCGGGCAUCAAAGAUACUAUAACUACUUUGUUUCCCUCACCGCCAUCUGCCGAAAGCUCUAUGGACAAUGACGCACAUGAUAUACAUCGCUGCGCAGAUCGUUUCCGUGGUUAUCUUCGUUGGUAUCGCAAUAUAGGACAUCGCAUUUACAACCAGGAGGAUUGCGGCAGGACAAAUACGAGUUGCCAUAGGAAGAUAAAGCAGCGUGUGAAAUAUAAAUAUAAAUAUAAAGGAAAAAGCCAGAGAGAUGCCAAUUUAGUCUCUAAAGCAUUAGAUUUGCAAAGAUACGCGUUCGUACGCCCGUAUCACAGGAGCCGGGAACUAGCAUUAAACGACGUUUUUGACAUUUGAUAUGCUUGUUCAGGUGGAAUCUCCUACGUCCAUGUGGAA